AUGUGCUUUAUGCUUUUCUGGAUAUUACCGAACUGCGAUGCUCGCCCACCUCCGUGUAAGGAUGGAAAGCUGUAUGAAGACAGCAUUUUCACCUACAUCGACUGCAGCGUCUGUCUCACACAGUCCCACUACAAGAACUGCAGGACAUGUUGUCCCAGUAAGUGAGAGUGUAUUUACUAGCAUCAAUAUUACUCUAUUGACUUAGUUUUUUUUCUACCUGGUAAAAUUUUCAGCGUCAGUUAAGCAAGUCAUGACGUACAUUUUCUCCACGGAUUAGUCUAGGGCCAUUUUAUACAAUCCAAAGGCAGUCCUAUUAUUUUACUUUGGGUAGCCUGCGUAGCAAGCGUUUCCGUUCGGUUUUGACCGCGCGAGAAAUGAAACGAGAGCCUUAUUUGCGCCACUUUUCUCGCGGUCUUUGACUCUCGUUCCUCGUUCUUCUCCUAAACCGUACAGAAACGCUUGCUACGCAGGCUAUACUUUGGGUCGUUGGAUGAGGAGAGAAAGAGUCGGACAGAGGGGGGUGAAUAGGCGAACGGAUCGGCGGAUUUUGAAAAUAUUGUGCCCGGAUUUCGGAUUCAAAGCAAGAUUUUAACGGAUUUCCGAAUCCUGCAACUGCAGCGGAAUGCGGAUUCAUCUAUUUUUUGGGCCCGGAUUUUGGACUUUGCGUGUAAUACAAAUAUUUUUUCCCGGAUUUCGGAUUCAGGACGAAAAUUCAACGGCGGAUUUGGUUGAUAAAUCACGGAUCGGCGGAUUUGCAUACCCCUAUUCAUCCCCCUCCGGACAGUUCUUGUAUCCUGUGUUGCUGUUAAGAGAGACCCUAAUUGUUUGCUACUGGAGUGUGAUCAAAUAAGAUAUAUUUUUGGAACUCUUAGCACUUUGAUAAAGAUGAGAUGGUGAAUUUUGAGCCUCGGGAAUAGAUGAAAAAGACUUUUUUUUUUUUUUUUAAGUCAGUGACACUUUAAGGAGUACGCGGAAUUUUUUCUUACGAGCUCGUGUCACUGACUGAAAAAACAUCUUUCUCGGUCCUCGGUAAGUCUUAUUCAAGCCUUCCCAACUAGAAACAAAUUAUUGAACUGCUGGAACUGUUUUCGUAGCUUACUAUUAAUAGAAGUCGAAGGAUCAGGACCGUCUUAGUUUAUGUCACUUUCCAGUGACGCAAAUAUGUCAAUUCUCUAACUUUAUUUUUGCAGGAGAAAGUGCAAGUUUGCUAGUUUUCAGUCAAUGUUUAUUGACACUGUUUCGGGGCGUCUGUUGUGCAUGGUAUGCAAUAAAUUUCGAGGGAAAAGUACCGGAUCGAGUGACGGCAUUUCGAACUUGUGCUUGCGGUUCAUUGCGGGGCACUUUCCAAAUAUCAUAUGACAUUUGAGCAUUCCUCCAUGAACUCUAUCGCACAGUUAUAUUUUUUUAAAUUGAAAACCCCAAAAAGAAUUUAUACGUCAAUGAAAGGCAAUGCGAAUCAGUGACUAGUUUCUCCUCAGCAGUUUCCGCACCCGCUCCGCUUCCCCUUCCGCCCUGACUCUUUCACACCGAAAAAAAUCCAACGCAAAAUAACGCCACUGUUUGUGUCACGAUAGAUAAAUGCGAUAGGAAUGAACGUACUCCAACUGCGUGCAUUUUUUUUAUUUUCUCUCCAAAUAGUGACUCAAGCCAGUGCUCAAUACGAUCAAACGAUGAUGACUUUAGUUCAGUCUAGCAAUCGCCCAUGGCCAAUUACGACAGCAUUGGAUGAAGAAAGCUCGGCUCCUUCCGAGCACAAAUCGCGCUUUUUGACGAAAGAAACCCUGGCAGCAGUUGUAGUUGCAUUUUCCUUGGGUUUAAUCGCAGGCGGGUUUCUGCUGCAUAUGUUUAAACGCUGUGUGGAUUUUAGGAACCGUCGUCGUUCAAGAGAAUCUCCUAAACGUAAGUAACUGUCUAACUAACCCUACAAGGAAGUGUAAAUGCAGUCAGGCAUCUUUAUGUUGUUUUGCUAAGUCAAUUAGUAACGGAACGGGAAGAAAACACGGUUCCAUAACUGUCUACUUCUUGUCCCUCUCCACUACUGAUUAACUGAAACGAGUCUAGUAAGAUAUAUACGGGUAUUAUCUCUCCCGGGGUGGCAGGACGUGAAGGAGACUAUGCCGUGAAUUUCGAAAGGUCGCGCUCUCAUGUAAACAGCCAAUCACAGAGCGUGUACUAUUCAUGCGGAUAGAUAUAAAAAGUGUAUUUUCUUGAUGAUCUCAGCUUAGUUACCGUAAACAUCAAACAUAGGCGUAUAAAAAGGAGGGGAAGGGGGGCAUUACGAAAAAGGGUGGAGGAGGUGGGGUGGGAAGCCUUGAAUUCUCCCACAUUUACACCCGCCACAUGUAAGGUCCGGCCGUUCACACCAAAGCCCAAAAAUAUUUAAAAAACAAUUUUUUAGUUAGACACGGUUUAAAUUUGUUUUCUUUAUGAGAGCUGAUUACUUCACUUUGUCGGUUGUAAAUUUUAUUGCAAUAACGUAACAUGUUUAAGUCAGCCUCGUCCCCCCAGGGCUUUUCUCGCUCCGUAGGGAUGUGGAGGGAGAAAACCCUUAGAACGAGGCUGGCCCUAAGGCCAUGGGGUCGAGGUUGUGUUAAAGUUAGUUUAAAUCCUGUGUAAAAGCCUGUGUUCUUGUUUUUCGUUACUGUUUUUUAUUUUUUUAAAAUCCUUAUUUGGCCGGUGUGAAAGAGGCAUAAUUUAGAUGUUAACCUAAUUUGCAUAAAUUCCAUCCCAUAGCACCACAACAGGAGACGCAGCCAAGUUCGACAGCAUCGCCAUUAGUAGUGGCUGCAAACCCUGUUAGAGCUGAGAAUACAGACAUGCCAGUAACCUGA